GGCAGCCGGGCGAUGGCGAGGAGCCGGGCGGCUUACGAGUACACGGAGGCGGAGGACAAGAGCAUGCGGCUGGGUUUCCUCCUCAUCGCCGCCGGCUUGCUUUCCCUCUUGGGUUUGGGUUGUUGCUGGCUUCGCCCGGCGCUGCAGGAGCGGGGCGGCGGCGGCUCCGCCAACUGCACGGUGCUGGCGGUGCGGCAGCUGGGGGAGCGCUUCGCCUGCACCUUCUCCUGCGGGGCCGCCUGCCGCGGCACCGCCCGCUACCCCUGCCUCCAGGUCCUGGUCCGCACCUCCCGCUCCUCCGCACCCGCCCUGCUCCACGAGGACGAGCGGCAGCUCCGCACCAACCCCAAGUGUUCAUACAUCCCUCCCUGUGCAAGAGAUGAUCAGGAGAACUCUGAGAACGUCACGUACAAGCAGAAAUACUGGAAAGAGAAAGUGGGUUCUCAACCAUUUACAUGCUAUUUUAACCAGCACUUGAGGCCAGAUGAUGUGAUGCUGAAGCGCACCCAUGAUGAGACUGUCCUCUUGCACUGCUUCCUCUGGCCUGUGGUGACAUUCCUGGUUGGAGUCCUCAUCGUGGUCCUGACCAUCUGUGCCAAGAGCUUGGCUGUCAAGGCAGAGGCAAUCCAAAAGAAGAAGCAUUUGUGAGUGGCAAGGCUGCUGAUGGAAAAGAAAAAUCUGCAAGAAGGUCUCAAGUGGGGAAACUUGACACACCUGCAGGUCUGCGGGGCACCCUUCGUCUCCUACCAGGGUCUGAUCUGAUGGUGGAGUUGCUCUUGCCUCAGGAUUUUUCUUAGAAGACUGCCCCAUGAAAUGCCAGCUAAUUGCUUCUUCUGCUAUGACAGUAAAUAAGUAUAUUCUACCAAAAAAAAAAUAAUCUACACUACACCAAAUAUGCUGUGUGCUCUUAGUGCUGAACUGCAGCUACCCAAGUCCUAGUGGAAUUGAGACAGUUUAUAAAACUCCCUGAUGAUGCUCAUUCCAUCUCUACAAAGCGAUCUUUGCUAAUGUUUAAUGUUAAAUAUUUAAAAUAUUUGCUUUAGACAAA